CACAAUAAUCCAGUGGUUUAUAAAAGAGCUAUUUGUCUUGAACUAGUCAUCACUGUUUCUUGGACACAACAGAGAGCCAAGAUGGGGAAAGUGGUGACAGUGAUCCUUGGGAUCGUGGCUGUCGUUAUGACCGUACUGGCCAUCACUUUUAUUGCUCUUUUUGCAACAAAGGGAAAUGGUGAAAGCAUAGAUGAAACAUUAGAUGGAUUUGUUCCUCAGUGUCCCAACAUUCCUAAUGCUGAAAGAGUGGACUGUUACCCUGAUGCUGGAGCCUCAAAGUCAGGAUGUGAGCAGCGCGGCUGUUGCUGGAGUCCUCUGGAUCAGCGAAGUGUUCCCUGGUGUUUCUUUCCAACCAACCAUGGAUAUAAAGUGGAAUCAGUACACAACUCUGACUAUGUGAUUCAUGCUGAAAUGACGAGAAUGAAAUCUCCCUCUAUGUUCGGUGGCGACAUACAGCAGCUGACUUUGCAUGCAGAAAUGCAGACAAGUAACCGACUUCAUUUUAAGAUCUUCGAUUCCAAUAACAAGAGGUUUGAGGUCCCUCAUGAGCACAUCGCUACAGUAAAGAGCAACCCCACCACCCCUAUCAGCGAGACACUUAAGAUCACAAACGAACCUUUUGGCCUGACUGUCAGCAGAAACAACAGAGUACUGUUUGACACCACCAUGGCUCCACUUGUGUUUGCCGACCAGUACAUACAGCUGUCUGCUAAGCUCCCAUCUCAAUACAUCUAUGGCCUAGGUGAACAUGUACAUCAAAGAUAUCGACAUGAUAUGAACUGGAGAACCUGGCCCAUUUUUACCAGGGAUGCUUUCCCCAAUGGGGGAACACACAAUCUCUACGGACAGUAUCCCUUCUUCCUUUGUCUCGAAGAUGAUACAGGAAAGUCAUUUGGGGUGUUUCUGCUGAACAGCAAUGCCAUGGAGGUGACUCUGCAGCCUGCCCCAGCAGUGACCUACAGGACAAUUGGAGGAAUCCUUGACUUCUACUUGGUGUUUGGAGACACACCAGAGCAAGUUGUUUAUGAGUUCCUUGAGCUCAUCGGCAAGCCUGUCAUUCCUGCCUACUGGUCCCUGGGCUUCCAGCUCUCUCGGUGGAACUACACUAGUCUUGCAGAAGUGAAAAAGACAGUGGAGAGGAAUCGGGCUGUGAACAUUCCAUAUGAUAUCCAAUACACUGACAUAGACUACAUGGAAGAUAAGAAAGAUUUCACCUAUGACAAAGAGAAAUUUAAGGAACUGCCUCAGUUUGCUGACUACCUCCAUGAAAAGGGGCAGAGAUACAUCCUCAUCCUGGACCCUGCAAUAGCCACCAGCAAAAGGGUAGGGGGUGCUGCAUAUGAGUCGUAUGACCGUGGUACAGCAAAGAACGCAUGGGUCUUUGAGUCAGAUGGAAAGACUCCUCUUAUUGGAGAGGUGUGGCCAGGUGAGACAGUAUUCCCAGACUACACCAGCCAAAGCUGCAUCGACUGGUGGAUAGAUGAGUAUGAGCGAUUCUCCAGGGAGAUCAAACAUGACGCCCUCUGGAUUGACAUGAAUGAAGUGGCCAACUUUAAGCAAGGAUCAGCUAAAGGCUGUCUUGAUAACAACCUUAACUAUCCUCCUUAUACUCCACAAAUUCUGGACGGGGUGAUGUACAGUAAGACUCUUUGCAUGGAUGCCAAGCAGGCCUGGGGGACCCACUAUGAUGUCCACAGUUUGUACGGCUACUCUAUGGUGCUGGCAACUGAACAAGCCCUGCGGCGUGUGUUUGGGUCAAACCGUACCCUGAUGCUGACACGCUCCUCCUUCCCAGGUGUAGGGAAAUAUUCAGGACAUUGGCUGGGUGACAAUGGUGCCAACUGGAAUGAUAUAAAAUGGGCAAUUCCUGGCAUGCUGGAGUUUGGGCUUUUUGGAAUUCCCUAUAUCGGAGCUGACAUCUGUGGAUUCUUUGACGACUCAAGUGAAGAGUUGUGUCGUCGUUGGAUGCAGGUUGGAGCUUUCUAUCCCUUUAGUCGAAACCACAAUGCUGAGGGAUACAAGCCCCAGGAUCCCGCUUAUUACGGUGCCGACUCAGUGCUGGUAAAGAGCUCCAGACAUUACCUAAGGAUACGCUACACUCUCCUGCCUUACCUCUACACACUCUUUUACAAAGCCCACACCAGGGGGGACACCGUUGUACGUCCUCUUCUGCACGAGUUCUACAAUGAUAUAAACACCUGGGAAGUGGAUCGCCAGUUUCUCUGGGGACCAUACCUGCUCAUAACACCAGUGCUUGAUCCGGGUGUGGAAGAUGUCCAGGCAUAUUUUCCAGAUGCACGUUGGUAUGACUAUGAAACGAUGGUACAGAGGGGAGACCGCAAAGCAUUUGUAAAUGUGCAUCUGCCUGCUGAAAAGCUUGGCUUACACAUCAGAGGAGGCGCAAUCCUUCCCACGCAGGAACCUGAAGUCACUACAACAUACAGUCGACGUAAUCCAAUGGGUCUGAUUAUUGCUCUUGAUGACAACAACAAAGCAUCUGGGGAGCUAUUCUGGGAUGAUGGAGAUUCCCGAAAUACCGUUGAAGAUGGCAAGUACAUCCAUUACCAGUUCUCUUUUGAAAAUGGAAUACUGAAGUUACAGGUGACCAAUAAUGGCUACAAGGAUCCAAAUAAUCUAAAGUUUGAGAAGAUCACUGUCUUGGGAGUGCCAGCUCGACCAGCAUCUAUCACUAUGACACCUGAUGGAGGUUCUUCUACAACACUACCAGACUCCAGUUUUACCCAUAAUGCAGGCACACAGGUGCUUUCCAUAAUCAACCUGGCCCUGGAACUUGGCAAGAGCUACACAGUUCAAUGGACGAUGACGGCAAGCCCAGAGAUUCCUGAGCUUGAACGUUUUGACUGCCAUCCAGAGGAGCAUGCAGAUGAAAACAAAUGCAGGGCUAGGGGCUGUCUGUGGAAAAAAAGUGAAACUGCUGGGGUUCCUUGGUGUUACUAUGCAAAUGACUACGGUUACUCUUCUAAAGUAAUCAGCAGCACCAGUUCAGGUAUCACGCUUGAUCUUACUCGGAACACAAGGAUCAGUAGCCGUCCAGACUCACCCGACAUUAAUAACCUCCGCGUCCAGAUUUGGUAUCAUAAAAGCGACAUGCUUCAGUUCAAGAUUUGGGACCCAACAAAUGAACGCUAUGAGGUACCAGUACCUCUGACACUGCCUUCAACGCCUGAGACAGAUGAGGGCAAAAGACUUUACGAGGUGAAAAUCAGUCAGAAUCCAUUUGGAAUUCAGGUCAUAAGGAAGAAAACAGGCACCAAAAUUUGGGACUCUGCUGUGCCGGGUUUCACCUUCUCAGACUUGUUCAUCCAAGUGUCAACACGACUGUCAUCAAAUUUUGUCUAUGGCUUUGGAGAAACCGAGCAUCCCUCCUAUAAACAUGAUCUCAACUAUCAUACCUGGGGAAUGUUCUCCAAAGAUCAACCUCCUGGUUACAAGAUGAAUUGCUAUGGAGUGCAUCCCUUUUACAUGGGCCUUGAAAACUCUUCUGAUGCUCAUGGCGUGCUGUUACUGAACAGUAAUGCAAUGGAUGUAACUUUCCAGCCAACUCCUGCUUUGACCUACCGCACACUUGGGGGCAUCUUGGAUUUCUACAUGGUCCUGGGACCAACACCUGAGAUGGUUGUCCAGGAGUACACUACACUGAUUGGAAGACCUGUUCUACCUGCCUACUGGUCCCUCGGGUUUCAGCUUUGUCGCUAUGGUUAUGCCAAUGAUGCAGAAAUAGAAGAUCUAUACAAUGACAUGAGAGCAGCUGGUAUACCCUAUGAUGUGCAAUACGCAGACAUUGACUACAUGGAGCGUCAACUAGACUUUGUCUUGGACAAAGUAAACUUUGGAGGAUUGCCAGACCUGGUUAACAAAAUGAGAGCAGAAGGCAUGAGGUUCAUCUUCAUUCUGGAUCCAGCUAUUUCAGGAAAUGAAACAACAGAUUACCCUGCUUUUAGACGAGGGAAAGAGGCUGAUGUCUUCAUCAAAUGGCCCGCUGAGCUUGGCAACGAUAUUGUGUGGGGAAAGGUCUGGCCUGAUUUUCCAAAUGUCACAGUUGAUGAAAACCUUGACUGGGACACCGCAGUAGAACUGUAUCGUGCAUACACUGCAUUCCCAGACUUCUUCCGUACUAGUACUGCAACAUGGUGGCAACAAGAAAUUAGUAAUUUUUAUAAAGAACUGAAGUUUGAUGGCAUUUGGAUUGACAUGAAUGAACCUGCAAGUUUUGUCCAUGGCACAGUUGGUGGAAAAUGCCUGGGUAAUCCCCUACUAGAGAACCCUCCAUAUAUGCCCCCUCUGGAGUCCAAACAUAUGGGCUUGAACCACAAGACUCUAUGUAUGAACAGUGAACAAAUACUUAGCAAUGGAAAGAGAGUCAAGCAUUACGACGUCCACAACCUCUAUGGAUGGUCUCACACCAAACCUACCUAUGAUGCGUUGCUUAGUGUGACUGGUAAAAGAGGAAUAGUUGUGACAAGGUCUACCUACCCAACCAGUGGGCAAUGGGCAGGACAUUGGCUGGGAGACAACAACGCCAGCUGGGAUCAGUUAUACAAAUCCAUCAUAGGCAUGAUGGAAUUCAGUCUGUUUGGCAUUCCUUACACUGGUGCGGACAUAUGUGGAUUCUUUAACCCAUCUGAAUAUGAGUUGUGUCUUCGGUGGAUGCAGCUGGGUGCCUUCUAUCCAUAUUCACGUAACCACAAUGGCAAGGGCAACCCGAGACAAGAUCCUGUUGCCUGGGAUGAAAGAUUUGCCAAUAUCUCCAGAGAUGUCUUGAACAUCCGUUAUACUCUCUUGCCUUACCUGUAUGAGCUGAUGUUUGAGGCACACACUAAAGGAAACACAGUUGUCAGACCGCUACUGCACGAGUUUGUAGAGGAAAAAGCUACAUGGGACAUCCACAGACAGUUCCUCUGGGGACCUGCUCUCCUUAUCACCCCUGCUCUUGACAAAGGAGUUACAAAAGUAGAAGGCUAUCUUCCAAAUGCACGCUGGUAUGACUACCACACGGCCAAAUAUGUUGGUGUUCGUGCCCAAAAAGUCUCUAUGGACACACCAUUAGAUCAUAUUAAUCUUCAUGUCAGAGGCGGAUACAUCCUACCCUGUCAGAAACCAGAGAACAACACAAUGUACAGUCGAAAGAAUCCUUUGGGACUCAUUGUUGCCCUCAGUGACAGUGGAACUGCCAAAGGAUCAUUCUUCUGGGAUGACGGGGAAGGAAUAGACACAGUUGCCAAAUCCCAAUAUCUCCUGGUUGACUUUACAGUUAAUGAGAGGACCUUGACCAGUAAGAUUAUACACCAUCAGCUAAAUCCUGCUGAUCAGCUGAAACUGGGUGUGGUGAAGGUUUGGGGAGCAGGCACCACCAAGGUUACAGGAGCAACCAUUACAGACUCGACAGGAAAGGGAACUCCACUCACUGCGCAGCAUAACAAUGUGACUGAGGAGCUGAUUAUUGAUGCUACCUCAGCAGCUAUCCCUGUGCAUCUAACUUUCACACUAACAUGGAAGACGGGCUGAGGGCCAUACUAUGGCCGUUGAGUACACUUUGAUCCAAUGAGACAAAUUUUUAUCCUAAAUAAAAUGUAUUUUAUGCAAAUAAACGAUAUAUGAUGUCAAAUGUAAUAUUUUAAUUUGUACAAUCAGUAACAACUCUGUUAAAAAGCAGUUUUUUUUUGU